UUACCUGUCUGAGGAAGACGUCUUGGAUCAAGCAAACCCUUUUGUGCAGCUUGUGAGUGGGGUAGUUUGGCUCCUAAGAGACGGAGAAGUGUACGUCAGUCAGAGUCAAAUGGCUGAGUGUGGUGAAAUUCAAACCACAGGAACCUUCGACAAGUUCAUCAAUGUGAUAUCAGCCAGGACUGCGGUUGGACACGACAGUCAGGGGCAGCUGGUCUUGGUUCAUGUGGAUGGACAGACAGAAUCCAGAGGGGUCAACCUCUGGGAGAUGGCUGAAUUUCUGAAACAGCAGGGAGUCAUCAAUGCCAUCAACCUGGAUGGUGGAGGGUCUGCAACGCUGGUCUUAAACGGGACCCUGGCGAACUACCCCUCUGAGCACUGCUCUUUUAACAACAUGUGGCGUUGUCCUCGGAGCAUCUCGACCAUCAUGUGUAUCCACGAGCCUGCCUGCCAGCCUGCAGACUGCAGCGGUCACGGGGACUGCGUGGAAGGGGAGUGCCGCUGCGCUGGGGACUUCUGGAGAGGCCCAGCAUGUGACACCUUGGACUGUGGCCCUUCCAACUGCAGCCUGCACGGCGUCUGCACCGACUCUGGAUGCCUCUGUGACCCUGGCUGGACUGGCAGCAACUGCAGUGAAGCUUGUGCCAGUGGUUUCUUUGGGGACGCCUGCACCCAGAAGUGCCAGUGCCAGCAUGGUGGCUUGUGUGACCCUGUGCACGGAGCCUGCUCCUGCCCGGCUGGGUACUAUGGCACCAGCUGUGAGCAAGAGUGUCCCAUGGGCUGGUACGGGCCAAACUGCCAGAAACAAUGUGCGUGUGAACACAUGUGUCCCUGCGACCGGGAGACGGGCAGCUGCAACGUCACCCAUGACUUGGCAGUACAGGAGCAGUUAAACAAAGCUGGGCACUGUUUGGCUUCCCAGAAGAAGGGAAGGAGCAAAGAGAAGUUCUCUCUGUCAGAGAAAACCUGGAUCUCCAUAACCUCUGUCCUGGCUCUGCUUCUGGUCAUCAGCACCAUGGGAAAUGUAGGGCUUUUUCUCAAGGCCAGGUCAGAGAGGCACCACAAGAGCGGUGACUACCUCUACCACCCGCUGAGGGAGAUGAACGGGGAAGCUGCUCACACCUCCACCUCUGCUGCCUGUGAGACAGAAGAUGCUCAGGACCCCAGCCAGGCAUUUCUUCAGAGCCCCGGCUGA